GAGCGCGCGCACGCGACCACGGCGGCGCGAGGCGGAAGCAGCCGCCGCCGCUGCCUCCUUCCCGCGCAGCGCAGCGCGCGGUUCGGUUGAAUUCUCGCGCCACGCCACGCCACGCCUCACCUCACCACCACCAGGCACCAGCGACCAGCAGCUAUAAGAGGAGGGAGACCAAGGACAAGCAAACCCGUGUGUCCGGGUCAGAGUUUCUUGAGAGUAAAAAAUGGCAGAGGGGGAGGGAGAGGGCGGGGAGAAGAAGAGUCAGCGUCGGCGGCUGAGGGCGGCGUGCCUGCCGCGCCCCGGGUGCUUCACGGUGUCCGCCGCCGACGAGGGGCCGUCGGGCUCCGGCGGCGGAGGAGGGGGGAGUAGGCCGGCGCCGACGCAUCUGGUCGUGACGGUCAAUGGGAUCGUCGGCAGUGCAGAAAAUUGGCGUUACGCAGCAAAACAUUUCAUCAAAAAACAUCCUGAGGAUGUGGUUGUUCACUGCAGUGGAUGCAACGGGGCAGUUCGAACUUUCGAUGGAGUUGAUGUGAUGGGAACAAGAUUAGCAGAGGAGGUGCUCUCACUUGUUCAGCGUAGACCAGAGCUUCAAAAGAUCUCCUUUGUUGCCCAUUCAUUGGGUGGAUUAAUUGCAAGAUAUGCUAUUGCAUUGCUAUAUAAGAGUGCUACAGAAAUAGAUUCUCAUGAAGAGCAUGAGAAGCAAAUCACUGAUGUUUCCAGCAACCAACUUAUUGAUCGAGGCAAAAUUGCUGGUUUGGAGCCUAUUAAUUUCAUAACUUUUGCAACACCACACCUUGGAACAAGAUCACAUAAGCAGAUACCCCUUCUCCGUGGUUCCUAUAAACUGGAAAAGAUGGCAUAUCGCAUAUCAUGGAUUGCUGGGAGAAGCGGAAAACAUCUUUUCCUAAAGGACAUUGAAGAUGGGAAACCACCACUCCUUCUCCAAAUGGUUACUGAUUACGGUGAUCUCCAUUUCAUGUCGGCUCUGCGUUCUUUCAAACGUCGUGUUGCUUACUCAAACAUCUGUAACGAUUUCAUUGUUGGCUGGAGAACAUCAUCAAUACGCCAUCAACAUGAACUUCCCAAGCCCCAAAAUUUUAUAAAUCAUGUUAAAUAUCCACAUGUUGUAUAUGUGGAAAAGCCGAAGGUUCAGGAUACUGAUUUUUCAGAUUCAAUGAUAUAUCAGGCGAAAAAUACAAGUGAAAUGGAAGAACUGAUGCUCAAAGGUCUGAACAGAAUUCCAUGGGAAAGGGUAGAUGUUAGCUUCAAGAAAAGUAGACAAAGGAUUUUUGCUCAUAGCACCAUUCAGGUCAAGACCUAUUUCUUCAACUCUGAUGGGGCUGAUGUGAUUUUUCACAUGAUCGACCAUUUUCUUUAUUAACAUUGGUCGGGAUGGGAGGGUGGCGGUAACGAGGAAGCUCCCCCACUUUGUUUUUAUCCCAUCUGGAGUUUACUUUCACUUUGACACGAAAAAAUGUGAAGAAAUGUUUUUUUCAGGAUAACUAGAAUUGUUACCGGAAGAAGUACAGUAGAUCCCCAUAGUAAAGAUAGGUGUUGGAUGUAGUGGAGUAUGUGUCUUGUAAACUUUGGGUCUCCGAGGUUGGUUUUUUUUUUCCUUCUCUCUGUCUCUUCCGGGCUUCAGUGGCUCAGUGACAGUGUACAUGCAUGUAAUGGACCACAUUCUGCUGCUCUAAUAAUAAAAUCUACUGUGUGUUGCAUCUCGAACAGACAACACAUAAGCGAGAAUUACGGCUA